AUGCUUGUUCACGGUGAAGGAGAGUUGUUGGUGCCGGCGCACCUGAAUUUUGGGAAGUACGUGUUGAAUCGGCUGCGGAAGGCGAAACCCGAUCGGUUAUGCUUCCGCAACUGUACUCGGAACGACCAGCUGACGUACGCACAGUUCACUCAGCAUACGGUCAGGGUGGCGAGUGCGCUGGCGCAGCGGGUGGUGCGCGGGGACACGGUGGCGGUCAUGGGCGAGCCGAGGGCCACACUGCUACCUACUGGACUUGGGAUAAUGCUGGCGGGCGCUACGUGCACGCCGAUCCCGCUUGACUGUGGAACAGCUGUCUUGACACACAAGUUAACAUUAACGAAGCCAAAAUACGCUUUCUGCACCCGCUUAUUCUGGGAAACGCACAGCGACGUACUGAAGAAAAUAGAUUUCAUCAAGUCCUUCAUAUGUUUCGAUGGGGUCAUCCCAGACAUAGAGUCGCUGGAGACGUUUACGUCAAAUGUGGACGUGGAUAUAGACACGUAUGAACCAGUUAGCGUGAACGGUGCAACUGAUGUCGCCUUGAUUUUGUAUUCUUCUGGGACGACGGGGCUGUGCAAGGGGGUGCAGCAUACUCACCUGAACUGUAUUGCGUGGUACGACUUUGAAUCUUUGGAAACCGUUUACUUCGCGGGAUCGCAUCUGUGCGGAGCCUAUGGCAUUUUCCGGGCUUACCCGUUCUUGUGCGCCGGCAAAACAAUUGUCAAUACAGAAGAUAUCCAUGUAGACUUGAAAGUUAUACAGGACUAUAAGCACAAACGAGUACGAUCUCAGCUCUCUGAAGGUGAUAAUGACCGCUACUGCACCCCUUCUGCCUUCACUGUUGGAGGCAUUCACGAAGAAGUAGUGGAUGUAGAAACUCGAGCGAUCCUUGGACCUAACCAGCGCGGGGAGAUCUGCGUCCGCAGCCCACGAGUCAUGAAGGGAUACCUAGGUGUAACCUCGCCAAUAGACGACGAAGGUUUCUACUUGACGGGAGACCUGGGAUACUAUGAUGACCAGAAACACUUCUAUCAUAUAGACAGGCUGAAGGACAUCAUUCUUUCUACUGGAUAUACGGUAUCCCCAGGCGAGGUGGAGGUAGUCCUGCUCGAGCAUCCCGCGGUAAAGGAGGCGGCCGUGGUGGGCAAGCCGGCGGCGAAGGUGACCGAGAAGCCCACGGCCUUCGUGGUGCUGCGCCCCGGGGCCUCCGCCACUGAGGCCGAGCUGGUCGACUUCGUGGACCCCCAGGUCCCCUGGUACAUGCGGCUGACUGGUGGCGUGAGGUUCAUCUCUGAGCUCCCCAGGAACGACCAGCAGAAGAUCCUGCGUCGACAACUGAGGGAGACACUGGUUCAAGAGGCCAAGUCGGAAGGACAAUAGGGAUAUGUCAUUCGUGUUCUUUGGUGGGACGGUAGUGCCCCGGCCAAGUCAACCUAACUAUUGGAAACUAUAGUAUACUUAUUGUUACAACAGUGUUGAAAUAUUGAAAAUCAACAUAAAAAAUAAAAAUAUAUACGUAGUUAAUAUCCCGUGUUUCAUACUUAAUUUUUAAACGCGCUACAGGUUUCAAUUAGCGACAAAUCAUUUGUCAAGUCAUUUUAAGAAAGUAUUUCUUGACGACCGGUCUGGCCUAGUGGGUAGUGACCCUGCCUAUGAAGCUGAUGGUCCCGGGUUCAAUUCCUGGUAAGGGCAUUUAUUCGUGUGAUGAGCAUGGAUAUUUGUUCCUGAGUCAUGGGUGUUUUCUAUGUAUUUAAGUAUUUAUAAAUAUUUACAUAUUAUAUAGGGUAACAGCACCAGUGGCCAGCCAGGGACCAGUAGUCAGGCUUUUAAGUCGUUUAUUGGUCAUAAAUAUCUGGUAUAUUCGAUUAAACAAAUCGCGAGUAGUCAAAUAGGAGCUCUGAUUCCUUAUUCGUUAAUACGUAACGCGGCAGGUACGGUGAGGUAUCGGGGAGAAGAAAUAUACUCGUUCAUAAAGGUGAUGUUUGUUGACGAGAGCUGGAGUGCCAUGUCCGCCAUAUUUUUUACUGCACGUGGUGUUCUUUUAACGCGUGAGAAAAAAUAUGUUUUAAUAUAAAAAGUUACUGUUUUUUGUUAAUGAUGGGUUUAUUGGUUAGUUUAUCUAUUAAAUUGCGUUAUAUUUAAAUAAAAAUAUCAAUAUUUAACUUAUAAAUUGAGGAUGUUGACCACUGGAUACCACUUUUUUACAAAAAAUCCAGUGCCCAGCCUCCCGUGGCUGACCUUUGGGUUAUUAGUGAUUUUUUUUA